GUUUGUUGUUUAAUAUUGAGGUUGUAUCCAAAUAUCGUGCUAAAUUUUUUGAGAUUAUAAAUAACAGCAUUGCAAAAAAUGGUUGGAAAUAAUGAAGUCGAACUUUCUGAGGCAGAAGCCGAACAGUACGACCGACAAAUCCGCCUGUGGGGCUUAGACUCGCAGAAGAGACUACGUGCAGCGAAAGUAUUAAUCAUCGGCUUGUCCGGACUCGGCGCUGAAAUUGCAAAAAACGUAAUCCUCACCGGUGUAAAAAGUGUGUGUUUGUUAGACAAUGAGAAACUGAAACAAAUCGAUCUGUACUCCCAAUUUCUGUGUCCUCCUGACAAGAUCGGCGUAAAUCGAGCAGAGGGUUCGUUGGAAAGAGCUCGAGGCUUGAAUCCGAUGGUCGAUGUCACAAGUCAUACUAAGGGCGUAGAUGAGCUACCUGACAGCUUCUUCACGGAAUUUGACGUCGUAUGUGCAACAGGUCUCAAACAAGAGCAAUUCGAACGAAUCAACAAUGCUUGUCGCGACAGCAACAAAAAGUUUAUCUGCGGCGACGUCUGGGGUACGUACGGUUACAUGUUCUCUGAUCUAGUUGAUCACGAGUACUCCGAGGAGAUUGUACAACACAAAGCCACCAAACGUGGGCCCGAUGAUGAAGAAAAAAAUGCCCGAGAAACAGUUUCUAUAACAGUAAAACGUCGAGCUAUAUAUGUCCCGCUUCAGAAUGCUUUAUCAGCUGAUUGGAAUUCACCAGAGAUGCGUUCUAGGCUACGUCGUGGUGAUUGUGGCUAUUUUGCUAUGAAGCUCCUGUUACGCUUCAGAGAUGAAUAUAACAGGAAUCCUGACCCGGCUCGAAGAAAAGACGACAUUAAUUUACUACUGAAAAUGCGUGAUGAAAUAGUUCGUGAAUUGUCACUUCCAGCGAGUUUCAUCAAAGAUUCGUUGUUUUAUGAUGUGUUUGGAGUUGUGGCAGCAGCUGCUGCUGUUAUCGGUGGUGUUAUUGGCCAGGAGGUGGUCAAAGCUGUCAGUCAGAGGGAACCACCACAUAACAAUAUGUUCUUCUUCAAUCCAAUUAAAUGCUUAGGUUAUACUGAACUGUAUGGUCAAUGAAAUUAGAUCUGUCUGACAAAAAUAUUGAAUAACAAAUAUAGGUUUAAUUGUAAGACGAAAAAUGACUCCAUUCAAAUUGAUUUUAAUUGAUAUUUCAUAGUUUGAUAAAUAGGAACACUCAUGGACAACUACAAAAUCCAGAGAAACAAUAUUAGUAAAACUGUAACAAACCUAUGUUGUGCUUAACCUUAAACGAUUAUGGCCAGAUUUCUUUUAUUAAUACUAGUUCUCUGUUCUAGUAUAGCAAGAUAGGAUUUUUGAAUACUGGAAACAUGUGGUAUAUGCCAUACAUCAAGACCUUGACAUAUCUGUAAUCAAGAAACUUCCUGACCGGGAGUCAAACUCUGAGCUCCACAAUUAUAGAUACAUUUGACUAGGCCAAUAAGAUGAUCAUUAAAAUAAAGAAAUCAAUUUAGAAGAAGGA